AUGGGCUGUUUAUUAUUCUUUAACUUUGCUCUAUUACUUUUUGCCAUUACACUACUCAUAUUGGGCAUAACAACGUCACGAUGGCUUAUUACUGUUGAUAAUAAUUCAAAUCAUAUAAAUACCGAACGCGCAGAUGGUAUUAUAUCGUCUUGUCAACGGCUUUAUCGUGAUGGUAAUACAGAGAAAUAUUUAACUGUAGGCAAUGUAACAAAUAUCAUCCAUACUAAUUAUCUAUACGAUGACGCUUAUGUAUGUUUCAAUCGACUACUCAAAUGGCAUAAUUCAACGAUAGUUGGACCUAAAUUAGACGAUAAUCACAAAGUAUUAAUUGGUUUAUCAAUUGGCUCUGUGUGCCUUGCCAUCAUUGCUUUACUUCUAACACAAUUAAUCAAUACAAAUGCUUCUUUUCACAAUUUUAAAUGCUCGAAACGUAUGGUCGAAUGCUUACUAGUCUUUGAUAUUCUUACAGUCGUAUUGGCUCUGAUAACAUUGGCAUUAUUUCUUGGCAUUAACGGUCUUCAAACUCUAACAGCGUAUGGUGUCUCAUUUUGGUCAUUCGUAGCCGGUACAUGCUGUGUAUUUAUUAGUUGUAUUGUUACAGCAGUUUAUCGUAUUGAUGUCGAGUUUGAAUUUCGUCGUUAUCGGCAUGAGUCAGUGGCAACACUCUGUUAA